GUAAGACUAUCAGAGAGAGAGAGAGAGAGCACAAGUUGCAGAAUCACAUUCAGGUGCAGCUCAAAUGGGGUCUCAUCAUGGUUUUGAGCUAAUAUCCAGGUGCAGCUCUGAGGGGAGAUCAAACCAAACAGUGGCAGCAGACCUCGAUGGUACCCUUCUCCUGUCUCGAAGUGUUUUCCCUUAUUUCAUGCUUAUUGCUCUUGAAGCUGGCAGUCUUCUGAGGGCAUUCCUUCUUUUGGCAUCCGUUCCCAUCGUCUACACCAUUUACCUAUUCAUGUCAGAGUCAUUGGCCAUCCAGAUCUUCGUCUUCAUCACCUUUGCAGGUUUAAAGGUAAGGGAUAUUGAGCUGGUGUCGAGGUCUGUGCUGCCCAGAUUCUAUGCCGAUGAUGUGCACCCGGAGAGUUGGCGUGUGUUCAAUUCCUUUGGGAAGAGAUACAUAGUGACCGCAAAUCCAAGGAUCAUGGUAGAGCCCUUUGUCAAGAACUAUUUAGGAGCAGACAAGGUGCUUGGCACUGAACUCCAAGUUUUGAAAUCUGGUAGGGCAACUGGGUUUGUCAAGAAACCCGGUGUUCUAGUUGGAGAUCUCAAGAGAGCUGCAGUGGAGCGAGAAUUCGGGGAGGCUCGGCCUGAUGUGGGCAUGGGUGAUAGAGAGACCGAUUACAAUUUCAUGUCCGUUUGCAAGGAAGGGUACAGGGUACCGAGGUCCAAGUGCAAGCCGGUCCCUAGAAACAAGCUUCUAAGCUCAGUGAUCUUUCACGAGGGAAGAUUAGUUCAGAGACCCACCCCUCUGAUGGCCCUGGUGACCUUUCUUUGGAUGCCAAUUGGCUUCUUUCUCUCCCUCAUCAGAGUCUACUUGAACAUUCCCUUGCCAGAACGUAUCGUGUGGUACAACUACAAGAUACUUGGAAUCAAGUUGGUGGUGAAGGGUAACCCUCCUCCUCAACCCAAGAAAGGCCAACCGGGUGUCCUUUUCGUCUGCAAUCAUAGAACCAUCCUCGACCCAGUCGUCACUGCAGUCGCCCUGGGAAGAAAGAUAAGCUGUGUCACUUACAGUAUAAGCAAAUUCUCAGAGAUGAUCUCACCCAUCAAAGCAGUAGCAUUGACAAGGGAACGAGACAAAGAUGCUGCUAACAUCAAACAAUUGCUGGAAGAAGGGGACUUACUGAUCUGCCCUGAAGGCACAACCUGCAGAGAACCCUUCCUUUUAAGGUUCAGUGCAAUGUUUGCAGAGCUCACCGAUAGGAUUGUUCCUGUGGCGAUUAAUACAAAACAAAGCUUCUUCUAUGGAACAUCAACCCGUGGGUUUAAAUUGAUGGACCCGUAUUUUGUGUUCAUGAACCCAAGACCCACUUAUGAGAUCACAUUCUUGAACCAGCUGCCCACUGAACUCACUUGCAAAGGAGGGAAGUCAUCCAUUGAGGUUGCUAACUAUAUCCAGAGGGUGCUCUCAGGGACACUAGGUUUUAUGUGCACCAACCUCACAAGGAAGGAUAAGUACGAGACGCUUGCAGGUACAGAUGGAACAAUCGCAUCCAAGAAGGUAAAAGCCUAGCGUGAGCCAGAGACACCAUGCAAGAAGCAUGAGAAUUUGAUUCCUCUCUCUCUCUCUCUCUCUCUCUCUCUCUCUAUACGUCUAGAUUUUUAUGUAUGAGAUAUAACAGUAAAUAAUACAGAGAGGAAUAUUAUUGGAUGCAAAUGUAAAAUGGUACUAGAUUUAUAUUUUAUAAUUUGAUAUCUAAAAUUAUAAAUCGAUGUUGGUACAUUGUGAUCAA